AUGUUUCCCAUCUUCCUUUUUGUCGCCAGCGCCCUUGGUGCAGAAAUGAGUCCUUUAAAGAGACAAAUUUUAAAGUUUCAGCCGGAACGGGUCGAGUUCUACAAGGAUGUCGCCCGUGCACUGCUCCCGAAGAGAUUCUGGGCAGCCCAACCAAGCUCCUAUAAGCCGCUCGUUGGUGCCGCCGUGAAACCCGUUUGCGGGUGCAGUGUCGAAGACAUGUUUCAGCUGCACGAUGUCUUCUUUUCAAAUAUAACCGGACCCGUGGAUGUCGACUUUUACCCCAAUGCGGACUCUCAACCACUGGAAGGUGAAAUCUGGUUCGAGUCAUCUACAGCAACAAUCGACACUAGCACGUUUAAAUGGGAGCAAAAUGGCGAAGUCUCUUUUGAAUGGUCUUUCCAAGUCGCCGGUGCAGGUCCAAAGGCGGGUCUCAAGCUCGGCUACAAGGUCGGGCAAGACAGCACCGAGACCAAGACAACUACGUUUACGAAAAAGAGGAAACUCUCAUGCCCCCAAGGCCACCUAUGUCAAGUCCAGACCUGGAGCUUUUCUGCUUCCAUUCCUGGGAAUUACUUCAAGGUGCCGGUUGUUGACUUCAAGUGUCUUCCGGCAUGCUUGAGGUGGAAGCACGAGGAGACGGGUUUAUAUCACGAGCUGAACUCGACGUCCAAGGUGGCUCUCGCUGCCCUCGCCGGCAAGUCGUCCACGUGGGAUUCUCUGGGAAAGGAGUACUUUGAGUUGCGCGACAAGGAUAACAACCCCGUCUCUUCUUGCCCCCCUGGAGGCGAGACGAUUGUCGGCAUUCAGUUCCCCCCCGAGUCUGUCAAGACCAUUUACACGCAGGCCAAGCCUCACAACCCUUCGGUUCCCAUCUUGGAUGAAACAAAGAAGCCCUACCAGAUCCAAAUCAUGCUGGACUUUUAUAUGAAGAAUUCCCCAGGCGAGAAGAAGCGCGAGGCCGUGGUCGCUAGCCUUACGCAAGAAGACCUGGAUGCCAUGAAGCCUGAAGAUGUCGAGGUAAAGUUUUUUGUUAUAGAUUCCAACAUCCCUGGAGUUCAUGCCGACAAGAACAUUGGAAACUAG